GGUGCAUUUGACCCACUUCGAGCGAUCGGUAAGAUAGCCAAACGUUAUAAUCUCUGGUUUCAUAUUGAUGGUUCUUGGGGUGGAAAUUUAAUAUUUUCUGAGAAAAGACGUUAUUGGCUGGAUGGAUCAGAAUUGGCUGAUACAUUUACAUUAAAUCCGCAUAAAAUGCUCGGCACACCAUUACUGUGUUCUUUUCUUUUGGCUCGUGAUCGUCAAAUUUUUGUACAAUCGAAUGCACUAGGAGCUGGAUAUCUUUUUCAUGGGAAUGAGUAUGAUUUAGGAGAUGGUGCUGUAGGAUGUGGAAGACGACCUGAUGCUGUGAAAUUAUUUUUAGGAUGGAAAUUUUACGGGAUGGAAGGAUAUAAGGAGAGAAUCGAACACGCUUUCAAAAUGGCACAUUAUUUAACGUCAUUAUUAAUAAACCAUCAUCGUUUUCGACUUGUUUUAUCUCCACCACCCACGCUACAAAUAUGUUUCUGGUACAUUCCAAAAGAUUUUCCCUUAGAACUUGAACACACAGACUAUGACACGUACAAACAAAAAAUAACAGCAAUCACUAAAGAAAUUCACCAACGCGUUUCUCAAACCGGAAAAUUUAUGAUUGAUUAUGCACCGAUGAAAUUGGCGGCUCGUGAAUUGCCCGUGUUUUUUCGUGUGGUAGUUAAUGCGCCUACAAUUAAUGAACAACAUUUAGAAGAAUUGAUAGAUGAGAUCGAAUCAAAAGGAGAAGAAGUAUUGGAGUGGUUGAAGAAUAGAGAGGAGGAUGAAGUAAUGGGUGAUCCUACUGC